UGAGAGUGAAAGAGCCACCUGCAAUGCGUACAGUCUACCAAAUGUCAGAGCUGAACACAUCGCUGCACUGAGAACAUCACAUACCAAUCAUUGAGGAGGGAGGUGCAACGCUACUUUAAAAGAGAGUUUGUUUGAUAAAUAUUCAACAUUUCCACCCAACUCCGGAUCACUGAACACAGAGGGACACCUAGCACUCAACAACCGAUUGGGACUGAAUGAAAAACGUAAUUCAAUCCGUCCUUCUCCUCGCUGUGCUUGUGUCAACAAAAGGGGCACAAGAGUUGACAUAUUAUGUCCAGGUGGGAGAGACGGUUACCCUUAAGCCUCCAGGGGUUGAUUCACAAAAAUAUGUGUACUGGUACUUUAAUGGCAUUGAAAUUGCCUGGCGCAACAACAUGGGAACCACGUGGACCUAUAAAGAUUCACCCUGGAAAGACCGGUUGGCCUUGUCUGACGACUCACUUAUUAUCAAAAACCUCCAACAAGAAGACUUUGGGAUAUUUAAAUAUGAAUGUAAAGUACAAAGUGAAACUUACGUAAAGAAAACAUAUAAACUACUCAAACUCACUGUGAGUGUGAACCCAACUGCUCCUCUGCUGCCUGGGGAAAACGUGGCUCUGUCCUGCAAUGCAGAAACUGAUGGACACAAAAAGCCAGAGAUACAUUGGCUGAAUCCCCAAGGAGUUAAAAUGAGGACUGGACAACUCAAUUGGAGAGCCACAAGCCAGGACAAUGGCCACUGGACUUGUGUUGUGAAAAAAGAACAGGAGAGUUUAGCCAAAGUAUACGUUACGGUUAUUGACCUCUCCCCAGCUCCUUUAAGUCCUCAGUACACGUCUACAUCCCGGCUUCUCACCAUCCCCUGUUCCCUUCCUUCUUACAUCUCUUGGGAACAAAUCAAAGCUAAGGACAUCCAGGAGUUGCACUGGCAAUUCAUCCCUGAACCAGGCUUGAGUCCACAGGAGCUGUUCUCCCUCUCUCUGGAAGAUCCACUGACCUCGAAGGCAGGACCAAUCAGAGGACGGCAUACUGUAAAAGACCCUAAAAACAAAAAUCUGUCUUUGACUAUAAAUCAAGUAAGGGAAGAAGACAGAGGAAAUUAUGUAUGCGCCCUGCGGUUUAAAAAUGGUGUGUCUCUGAACAGGACUGUACACGUGAAGGUGCUGCAAAUCACCUCCUCCCCAGGAACAGAGCUAAUUUCUGGCCAGCAGCUCAACCUGACUUGCAGUCUCGGCCAUCCGCUACCCCCUGACCUGCGACUGAAGUGGUUCCCACCUGAGCAAUCGGUCCUGUCAUCUUCAUCUCUGGGAUCUGACGGUCACCCCACCCAUCUCACCAUCCCGGAAGUGGGGACAGGAGAUGGUGGAAAGUGGAGGUGUGCUCUGUGGCAGAACAACACAGAGCUGACGUCGGCUGAGAUCACUCUGAAGAUUGAAUCCAAACUGAGUGUGUGGAUGCUGGUGGUCAUAUGCAGUGUCGCAGUCAUCUUCCUUCUACUCAUCCUCGUGUUCAUCCUCUACCAACGCAGACAACGGAAGAUGAGGCACCUCGGGCGUCGACUCUGCCAAUGCAAAAACCCCAAGUCCAAAGGAUUCUACAGAACAUAAUAUGUACCACAAAGACGUUUUCAAGAGGACAUCACAACCAAUUGAAUUUCUGACCAGACAAGAUGUAUAUUUCUAUCAUAUCUGAAACUCCGCUGUGUUAGAUGAGGGUCCAAACAUUUUAACAUCUUAGGGACUUUGCUCUGUGUUCAAUUUAACUAUCAUUUUAACAUUAUUGUUUCUGAUGAUUGCUGUUAAUAAUUGUUUAUGUUAUACCCUUUUUUAUUCACACUGUUUCUAUAAAUUUUUUGUGAUGUGUAAUGUAUUUGGUAUUAUGCUCUAAAAUUAUGCACUGAUAGGCUGGUUACUUGCUUUUAUAAAUAUUCACAAAUAUAUUAUUUUUAAUUCAAAUGUUGAUACUAAAUUAACAAAUGAGGACACUUCAUUAGUUGAAUCAAAACUGGACAUUUUUGUCGUAUAUUUUUUGAUUUUUGAAGAUGAAUGUAAAGACAUUGGUCACUGAAAUUUUCCAAUAAAGUAUCAAUAUCUUUCA